AUGGCUCUGCCUGCCAAAAUCGUGCCUGAUGUGACGCUAGUGUCGCCGUCUUCAAAGAAAUUGGCGGAACAUGGGCAGCGUUGCCAGACUUCAGACAACGCUUGGCUGCUCAAGGGUUCAUUUUGGAGGAGAAAAUUUCCUUGGCUGCGGGCAGGUUUUGCGGGCAAUAGCAACAUUUUGACAGUGGGGUGCAAAAUUUGCGCGCUGCAUGCUGCCAAAUUUACUGCAGCCGGGAGUGAUACUUCGCAGCUUUCCCCUUAUGCCACUUUCUCAGUUCGGCCCGAAGUCACUUGGAAGAGCUGGAGGUUUCGGCACCAUGCCCAAUCCAAGUACCACAUUGCCGCUCAUGCAGCUGAUCCAACUUCUCAUGCCCCUGCUGCUGAAGAAUGGCAAGACCUCGUGCGCAAGCUGAGCAGAGGACAUUCUCAGCGCGACAAAGGGGACGGAACACCAUCGACCCGAACCAAGUUGAUGCACUAUUGCCUUUCCGAAGCUAUCUUGCACGCUUACCGCGUCUUCCUGGCCAGUGCCCAAAGCAUCACUCUGAUGCGGGAUGAAAGACAAGGCCGCUUGCUGCUGCGAUUUAGGGCAGUGGAUGCGAACUUGCGAGUCUGCAGCGGCUGCAUUGGGCAGCCUCGCCUGGUUGAAGGUAAGACUUCGGAACACAUCGCAAGAGCCACAGUGAAAGCCUUGAAACUAUUUUGCACACCUGGCUUUGGUGGGUCAGUGGAUGAGGCAUUGCUCAGCCACGUUCGGAGACAUGUUCACAUCAUGGUAACCGAUGCUGCGUCAGCUGAAUUACUUGCGUCGGAUAUACUCAGAUCUCGGCGCCGGUCAGAUCAAGCCGAACUGCAGAGAGAUGUUUUUUUCCCAAGCAUCGUUUUGCUGGGCCGCGAUGCAAGGCAUGCCUGCAUGAGACUGCUGAAACGGCCUUGGCAUGUCAUGGAUGACGUGAAAGACGCUGUUAGCAGCACAGUCACCAACAAAGAAUCCUUGGCGCAAAAGAUUUUCCACUCCCCGAACUAUUCAUUUUGGCUGCAAGAAGCCAUUGCCAAAGGUGCCGGCCCCCAGACCAGCAGCUUAUCGGCGGCAAAGCACCGCUUCGCGUCCUUUGCCAAACCUCUUGGGAGAUUUUGUUUGAAUAUGAGACCGAUAUUUGAUGUAUUACACAAAAUUUUGGCUUUGAAGGAAGACUGUGACUGGCUGCACAAGUGGAUGGACAACGUCUCUGCCAAGAAAUUGCUUCUUGUUGCGGCAGCCGCUGAUGCAGCUGAUACAGUGAUGGAAUUUUUGCGGCUGAUGGACAAUGAAUCGCAAGACCCGGCCAUUCUGAAUUCAGAGGUCCACAGUUUUCUGCGCAAUGUAGACAUCCAAUUUGGACAGCCAGGGCAAGUCUUCGACGUGAAUGGAUACAGCAAGCAUUGUCUAGACCUGUUGCAAGCAGAGCCUGGACUCUAUGUCAAGCACAGGGGUCAGCAGAAGAGGCUGAGGGUGUCUGCGGGCGAUCGCCGUGCUGUCCUGGAAGCCUUCAAACCGUGGGUUCAUUUGUGUCAUGAGGCUUGCGAGGCUGAGUUUCCGCAUUUCCAUCUCUUCUCAUCGAUGAGCGUCUUGGAUCUGCGAUCUGGUGGCCGGCUAACAGAUGACAGAUAUGCUUGCCUUCAGCGACUAGCCGUCGCCUUGCAAGUUGAUGAGCAAGGGCUGGUCUCCGAGUUUGACGCUCUGCGGCCAGUGGCCAUGGCAUUCCGAGAACAGCAAGAUUGCACUAGCAGGGAUGCGUGGAAACAAGCAUUCCGAAGAAGCCAAGCAUCUUCUGCUUUGAGGGAAAAAUAUGAAACCAAGAAUUUGGCCCCUUUGCUUCAAGCGCAUGCCUGCUGGACCACCUCUAGCUCUGGCGUGGAGCAAGCUUUUUCCAAAGCUGAGAGGAGCCAUGGAGCUAAGCAUUUCGGGCCAAAGGCAGCCGAUUCAGAGCGUCGAGCGAUGGUGUGCUUGACGUACAAUGACUCCCCUGCAGCGUCUUUGGCUUCUGUCGUGGACAAGGCCCGUGCUCUAUAUGCAGCAAGAGUAUCCAGACACCUUGGCAAAUACCAAAGGAAGCGCCUAGACAAGGGGGUCAAGACAGGUCCUCGAGCAAAACUUGCCGGCAAAGUCGUGGAGAAGACUUGGAUCAAGCGUAGGCGGGCUUCUGUCAGGGCAGCCGCUGCAAGCACUUCAGGGCAAAAACCUGUGGACCACGAAGUUGCGAUAGCCAAUUUGUCACAGAAAGCUCAGAAGGAAAUUGCCAACUCGCGAGAAACGCUUCUGAAGAAGAAGGUGGAGGCGCGUCGUGAUGGCUAUUUCCUCGGCUUGGGUGCCGCGGAAGGCUUGAGCUUGGAGCAGGCAGCUGCCAAGAGAGCCAGGGAGGACGCCAAAGCAGAUCAGGCCAUGCAUUUGAAACGGAAGAAGCAAGAAUCCCAGCUCCUUUCCACAACGAAUGCGCGCACAUGGAGAUGGCAAUCACUAGGGCCAGCCAAGGCAUGGUUCGCCACUGGAUUGCCUCCCACGGCGUGCGCCCCAUUGCUGCAGGAGCAGGACAUCCGAGCUGCCUCUGUCUUUGUUGUGGACGAUUCAGCUAUUCCCUCGAAGGCUUAUUUCAUGGCCGUGGCAACUGGGGGCUGCAUUUUGUCAUACUCCUUGCUACUGAAGCGCGCCGGCAUCAAAUCUCAAUACUGCUUGCAGAAGUUGGAGUCUUUGAAACGGAAGUGGCCCACGCUCCACUGCACGCCAGACUUCAAGCAACAAGAGCCAGCCAUGACUCAUCUCCUGAGGUGGGCGGUUUUUGAGAAGAAAAUGUGGUCUGGAGUAGCCCUUGAAAAUGUGCGGAAAAAUACGAUUUGCCUUGUCAAAGACAAGACCGAUGCUAAUCUGGCCCAGCUGAAACGAGCAGGCGGUCAUUGGCACAGCAAAGACGAGUUUGUACAGUUAUUAACUGCAGCAUGCAUCGACUAUGGUCGUUCUUUCGGAGUGUCGGCAGCGUGCCGACAUGGCCUCCUCACACUUCGCGGCAAGGUGCCCCCAGGGUCACCUCGCGAAGCCGGACCGGUCUGGCUCUGCGAGGAGCCUCGCGAACCCGGACCGGUCUGGCUUUGCGAGGCUUACGUGAAGGAGCACAAAGCUCGGCCAUUCCAACCAAGGCCAAAAGGUUCCAAGCUCCGAGUUUUUUCUGACUGCGCUGGAAUCAGCGCUGAGACUAUCGCUUUGACACUACUAGGACUCAAGCAGUUUUUCACCAUCGUUGGUGGAAGUGAAAUUGACGAAGUGAAGCGAUGUCUCAUUGGUGUGGUUCACGAAACCUGCCGGACCAGCUGUAAGUCAGAGUCUUUUGCCACAGACAUCUUCCAAAGAGACCCCAAAGAUUCCCCAGGUGCCGACAUCUACCUGGCAGGGUUUCCUUGCCCUGCAUUUUCGAAAAUGGGACGCAGAUUCGGCUUGCGGGAUUCGAAAAAAAGAGGCAUUCCAUUGGUGGCUGGACUGCGGUACAUAGCCUACCACAAGCCGCCCGUAGUUUUGCUGGAGCAAGUGACUGGCUUCUUGGAAAAGAAGCAUUGGCUGGCCCAGAAGAUGCUUCGCAAAACAUUUGCUGCUUGCGGGUACACGGUCCGUGCAAAAGUCUUGCAGACUUGCGACCACGGCUUGCCCCAAAGCAGACCCCGUCUUUGGGUCGUGGCCUUGCGAAAUCCCAUUGCCGAAUUCCGGUUUCCCAAGGCCUUGGGGAAGUGUCCUCCGAUUGAAUCCAUCUUGGACGUCGGCAAAGUGGGAGAUGAAGUACUGGAUUUGAGCAAGUUUGGCCCAAGCACUGCAACCGAGAAGCUUCGAACUGGCUACUGGAUCCUGGACGUCGCCUCGUCCGCUCGGUUCACCAGCAUUCCCAAGCAUCGGGUGAGCCCUUGCCUCACCCGUAGCCGGUGCAAAGCUCGUGGCUACUAUGUGCCCCGCUUGGCUCGGCGGCUGUCAGUGGAAGAAUUUUCCCAGCUGCAAGGCAUUCCAGUCAGCAUUUGCCGAAACAUGGUUCGAAAACUUUUGGCCGAGCACGCAAACGACAAGAGGUUCACCCAGGCCAGAUGCGAAAACGAAGUGGCAGCAGCAUUUGGAGAUGGAAUGAGCUUGAAUGUGCUUCAACGGGUCCUCAGUCGGGCACUGGCUGCGAGCGGCUUGUGGCCAUCUCAAGUUACUAGGUUGAACAAGGCGGAGCAGAACCAAGUUAAGAAGGACUUGGCCGAGUGGGAAGCUGAAAAUGCUCAGCUCCGGGAAGAGGCUCGAGACGAGUAUGACAGAAAGCACACAGAGGAGAAGAAGCGCUUGGAGAGGGUUUUCCAGGAAGCCAAGCACUUGAAGAGCUUGCAGAAGCAAAGCGCCAAGGCUAACUCUGCUCCCAAGAAUCCAGCAGACCCAGCCGGCAGCAGCUGUGUUGUUGGGCCAGGCCUGAAGGAUUCUGGGGUGAAUGAAGCCUACUUGCAGGGCUUGAAGAACGAUUUGCAGGUGAUCGCAGACAAGCUUGGCGACCUCAAGUCGGAGCUUCCCGUCCCGAUCGUCCAAGCAAACGAUGACAAGGGCGGAGUGCAGGAGCCUUUCCACCUGGAGGAUGCUGGCAAGGCCCUUGAUGGCCAAGGUUUGUACAUCUCAGCCUGCAAUCUGAUGUGGGUUGAUCUGUAUCGCACAUCCAAUCCAUCGGUGCCGCUUUGCAGAAAGAGGGUGGAGGACUUGGGCUCCCAUUACUUCGGCUCGGGGCACUCUUUCUUUCGCUCGGUCCUCGAAGUUGCCGUGGUCAAGGAGGAGCUCUCUGACAGGCCAGCCGGUCUGAAGCUGAUCAGCCCGGAGGAACAGGCCCACGCCAUUGUCUUUGCUUGCGCAAAGCGCUUGAGAGAAGCCGACUGCAACGAGGAAGAGAGGAAGCAGUGGCGGCUGACUUUGUUGGGAAUUCCCACUUGCAUGGUGCUGUGCGCUGAGAAGGACAUUUGGCACAAGGCGAUCAGCCGAAGGCAACAGGUCAUGCAGGCCAUGCUCGAAUCUGUCGAAAACCGUCGGCUCCAAGACUCUGAAGUGGCUGCCCUGGUCAAGACCUACCCCAUCACAACUGCGAAGACUUCUGCGAAUUCCAACGGCGGCAUCUUCACAGAGUGGAACUUCACCGCUGCUGGACAUGUCAUGCGGCAGCUUGGCUCAGAUGACGAGGUCUUGGAAGUGAUCCGAGUCUUGGAGAGCAAGCAUGGACUUGACAGCUGCCUGAACAGCUUGGUCAAGCUUGAGAAGCUUGCCACUAAACCCAGUGGCAAAGCUGCCAGGCGCUGGAUUUUUCAGAUGCUCUUGGACCAUUUGGAGCAUGGGCUGGCAGAGAACGAAGACAUCAGCAAGAAGGCGUUGCUGGGAGACAAGCACACGGCUGGUCUCGUGGUGUUGUGGGAGUGGAAGAUGAAGCUUCUCAACUACAUCUGUGACACCCUCAUGCUGCAGGCCAAGAUCUCAGAGACUGAACGGGAGGCAAUCAAGUCCAGAUGCCGGGAUUGUCCUUCAAUGCGGCAAGCCUGUGAAGACAGCGUGCAGUGGCAGGCUAGCAUGUCCAGGUCCGGGCAAGAGGCUUUGCGUUUCUUCCAGGAUGUGGUCUUCCUCAAAACGUUCGACAACUUGUUGAGGGGCAUUUGCAAAGGAGUCAGCACCAAUCCGGAGGUCGUCUUGGAAUUGGACUCCAUCAACGAGCGCUGGCAGCAGGUCAUCGCAAUGCGCCAGAACGAGCUUGCCCAGAACCAGGCAAAGGAAGCGGAGCUCAGCGACGGUGAAGAUUCUCAAGAUGAGGAGGCUUGGCUGACAGAAGCCAGGAAGGCCCCAAACACUCUGAAGCAAGGCAGCCCGAGCUAUUGGAGAGCAGUUGCCAACAAGUCAGUCAGGAUGUACUUGACCUUCGUCACGGAAGGCAAGAAUGAUUCUCAGUUGCAGCUCCAAGUUUCCCAAUGGCAAGCAGCGACUGGCCUGCAGCCUGAAAUUGGAAAGAAGACCCUGUUGGUGCACCUCGACACCGCGCUGCUUGGAGAAUCUUCUGGCCCUCACUGCCAAGCGGAGCUCCGAGGCAAGCGCUGGAAGCCAGCUGCUUGGCUCAUUUUUUUUUUGACAUUUUUUUCAGUCAAAGAGUCCACACUGCGGUUUCAAAAUUUUCAUAUUAUUGAGCGGCUGCUGACUGAGGACAUUGACCUUGUCGAGAAGCUUGCUGCUUGCCCUUGCAUCGCCUUGGGGGCACAGUCAGUGGAGAAGGUUCGUUGCUCUGUGCCUGCCGAAGGGGUUGUGGUGGCUGUGGUAGACCCGCUGAGCGUUGGCCCCAAGCUCUUCAAGGAAGCUUCCAAGCAGUCUGUGUGGCUGAUGUUCAAUGAGAAAUCGGUUCGUGAAAGGAAGCAGAUCGUCAGAGCGGGCGCCUACAGCCAGCAGAUGCUGUGCAACCUCUACAGUGAGAAGCCAUUGAGUUUGACCAUGCCCGAGGUUGAGCGCAAGAUCUAUCCCGGCUUUAGCCACGGCGACGUCAUCGGGUACAUUUCUUGCUUGGGCCCUUCGAAGCUUUGGCGAGUUCCCAGGAAGGACAAGCUGGACAUCCUUGGCAGCCGGCACGUGUUCAUUCCGGCCAACUCAAGCCAGCAAGGCGACGGCCAGCCGGCAGAGGAUGCGGCAGGAGCUGGAGAGCUUGAGAGCGUGUUCAGUUGCUCCAUGCUGCCGGUCGAGUACUACAUGGAGAUGGUCCAUUCCCUGAGCUGCAUCGGCAUUGUCGACACAUCUCCAGCACAAGGAGAGCUCCUGAAAGCAGCGAUGUCUUCUCGCACUCCUUGUCUUGCAAUUUGCGGGACGGAUGGACAUUGCAAGAAGCUUGAGAUCAUGUUGACGGAAUACAUCUACGAAGAGCAGCAGCGGGAUGGAUCCACCUACUACAUCCCUGAGAUGACGGUCAAGAGCCAGAAUGACGAGCCCAAGCCCAAGUCAAAGGCCAAAGCAAAGCCGGUGACCAAGAAGCGCCCCAAGAAGAAUGAGACGGCGCCGGGUGACGGUGACGAGGAGGCGGAGGCCCAGGGCGAAGAGCCUGAGCAGAAGAAGCCCAAGACGACGAAGAACAAGACGAAGAAGAAAAGUGUCGAAGACGAGGGCGCCGCCUCUGACGGUUCAGG